AACUAUCACUGUUGUUGCUGUUGGUUUUAUCACGUAUUGGCAUGGCAUUUUUCCAUUUGGGUUUUAGGGGGUAGGGAGCUGCAGUGCAGAUAACAUAGAAUCUGGAAUUGUCAUAAAUUAUGGUGCAGUUUGAAUUAUGUGGUUCCCUGUGGGAAUUAUUGAGAAUAGUUGACCUGUUUUGCAAAUACUACAAAGUUGGAUUAAAUAACAAGCAGUACUAGAAAAAUAUUAUAUGACGAAAAGGUUUUGGGGAUUCAGUCCUUCCCUCCGUCCAUUUCCGAUUUUCACAGGCAGCGCAACUUCACUCUCCAUUUCCUUUCCCUUCCCAGGUUGUUCUGUUUCUGGGUUUGACAGAGGGAACUUGUUGGAAGUGCCUGGAUUUUCUUUAUAAGAGAUAAAACCCAACCCAUUCUAAUUCUAAGAGUCUGGGAACAGGGACAAAGAUGGCAAAGCGUCUAAUUUCAACCUUUAACUAUGGGCUAGUUGGCAAACUCUUUUCCGAGUCCUCCACCAAGCUGAACCCCGGAAAGGCAGUGGCUGUGGGAUUGGGUAAACAGGACAAAGCAGGUUACAGUACCCAGGCCAAGCAAGAGUCUCAUUUUUACGACGGUGCUUUUGUGGAUGCAUUCUUGAUGAAAAUGAAGAACAACAAAGAUCUUCUUAUGAAUAAGAAAAUUUGGUCGCGGAGAUCUACAAUUUUGCCAGAAUUCGUGGGUUCUACGGUUCGUAUUUAUAAUGGAAAAAUUCAUUUUCGUUGCAAGAUCACUGAAGAAAAGGUUGGACAUAAAUUUGGAGAAUUUGCAAUGACACGGAAACGUAGAGUUCAUGCUAAAACUACUGGACCAGCAAGACCAGCAAAACCAGGAAAAAAAGCAGGCAAAAAGUAAAGCUCUAAGAGCAUGCAUAUGUCAUUCAAAGAAUCUGAAUCACAUCUCAUGUUCCGACUUUUUUGAUCUUGUAAUGUCAGGUUUAUAUUGAAAUUCUUAACAUAUCUGAUUCUAUCUUAACACAUGAGUGAUUUGGUUGGACAUUUCCUGUGGGUGGUUGUGUUAGGUUUUGAUCCUUAGUGUGGUUUAAUUCAUUGUUGAAAUUUUCUCUCA